UAUAUCGAUGAGCAACAUGCUUUCCUCCAUGGGCUCAAAGGGAACAGUGAAUAGCCAUACUUCGAUGCUUUCGGUUGAGGAGCUGCUGGACGGGCAACGUAAUAACUGACAAUUGCAAUUGAAUUGUGCUUAACUGUUAUCUUGAACAAGAUAUUCCUAACAGCAACAGCAACGCUUGCAAGCUGCAAUCUGCAAUCUGUGAAAAAGGAAACGCACAUAUAUAUAUAUUUAUAUAUAUAUAUACCAAAAUAUAGAAUAGCAGCAGUGAUAAUUAACAAUAUCAAAUAGAGACAUAGUCAAUUUGAGUGUUGUUUGUUAUUAUAGACUGUCUGUCGGCUGUCUGCCUAUAUUUAUUUGUUUACUUUUGCGGUUGCUUUUGUUGUUCUUGGCUGUUGUUGUAUUGCUCUUGGUUGUUGUCGUUGUCGUCGUUGCCGUUGACAUCAAUUGCUGCUCAAGUUGAACGCACGGCAUGGCAAGCAGCUUUGAAGUCGCAGUCGCAAUCGCCGACGCCAACGCCGACGUCAAUAAUGCUGGCGUCAACCUGAAGGCACGAGUCAAUGGCUUAAUGGGCAGCGGCGACGUCCCAGCAGAUGUAGCUGACAAUAUGGAGCAGCUCCAGGAUGGGCUAAGCUGCAAUGAGCUGUUUAAUAAUGGCGAUGGCCUAACCUACAAUGAUUUUCUUAUAUUACCCGGCUAUAUAAACUUUGCCGCCGAGGAUGUUGAUCUUGGUUCUCCACUAACCAAGAAAAUCGCAUUGCGUGCACCGUUAGUCAGCUCGCCAAUGGACACGGUAACCGAAUCGGAGAUGGCCAUAGCAAUGGCGCUGUGUGGUGGCAUUGGGAUCAUCCAUCACAACUGCACGCCGGAGUAUCAAGCUUUGGAGGUGCACAAGGUUAAGAAAUACAAACAUGGCUUUAUGCGUGAUCCAUCUGUGAUGUCGCCGACCAAUACCGUUGGCGAUGUGCUCGAGGCUCGUCGCAAGAACGGAUUCACCGGCUAUCCGGUCACCGAGAAUGGCAAACUGGGCGGCAAACUGUUGGGCAUGGUCACCUCACGUGACAUUGAUUUCCGUGAGAAUCAACCGGAGGUGAAGCUGGCCGAUAUCAUGACCACCGAGCUGGUAACCGCACCCAAUGGCAUCACAUUGCCCAUGGCAAAUGCCAUACUGGAGAAGAGCAAGAAGGGCAAAUUGCCGAUUGUGAAUCAGAAUGGUGAACUGGUUGCAAUGAUUGCACGCACCGAUUUGAAAAAGGCACGCUCCUAUCCAAAUGCAUCAAAGGAUUCCAAUAAGCAGCUGCUUGUCGGCGCCGCGAUUGGAACACGGAACGAGGAUAAGGCACGUCUACAACUGUUGGUGGCAAAUGGCGUGGAUGUCAUCAUACUGGACUCAUCGCAGGGCAAUUCCAUUUACCAGGUCGAGAUGAUCAAGUACAUCAAGGAGAAGUAUCCCGAUCUGCAGGUCAUUGGUGGCAAUGUUGUUACACGCGCCCAGGCCAAGAACCUCAUCGAUGCCGGCGUUGAUGGACUACGCGUGGGCAUGGGCUCCGGCUCCAUCUGCAUCACACAGGAGGUAAUGGCAUGUGGUUGCCCCCAGGCCACCGCCGUCUAUCAGGUAUCCACAUUUGCCAAACAAUUUGGUGUACCGGUCAUUGCCGAUGGCGGCAUCCAAUCGAUUGGCCACAUUGUUAAGGCUCUGGCGCUGGGUGCCAGUGCCGUUAUGAUGGGCUCCCUAUUGGCGGGCACAUCGGAGGCACCUGGCGAAUAUUUCUUUUCCGAUGGUGUGCGCUUGAAGAAAUACCGAGGCAUGGGCUCACUGGAGGCCAUGGAACGUGGCGAUGCUAAAGGUGCUGCCAUGUCGCGUUACUAUCACAACGAAAUGGAUAAGAUGAAGGUUGCCCAGGGUGUCAGCGGUAGCAUUGUGGACAAGGGCUCCGUAUUACGCUAUCUACCGUAUUUGGAGUGCGGACUGCAGCAUAGUUGUCAGGACAUUGGCGCCAAUUCGAUAAGCAAACUCAGACAAAUGAUCUAUAAUGGGCAAUUGCGUUUCAUGAAGCGCACACAUUCGGCCCAGUUGGAAGGCAACGUGCACGGCCUUUUCAGCUAUGAGAAGCGUCUCUUCUAACAUACAACAAGCGCUGCAGCGUCGUUAACUGGCGGCGGAGUGGGCGCUCAUCAUCAUCAGCAACAACAACAACCCAGAACACAGCAGCAGCAGCAGCAACAACACCACCAACAACACCACCAACAACACCACCAACAACACCCACAACACCACCAACAACACCACCAACAACAACGACAACAGCAACAACACCAUCGACUUGCCUACUGUGGAAGUCGAGAAUUCUUAGAGCGAUCCUAUGAUAGAGAGAACGUUGCAAUCGCAUCCCUAAAACGUCGCAUGUGAUCUAUGCAAAUGCCCAUUUUCCAAAAUUUUAUAUAGUUCUUAAGCUUCUUUCUAAAACUGUUAAAAAUUGAUCAUCUAGGAUCAAUCAAAUUGUCGAAUCUUUUGAAUCUAUCCAGCAGCUGAAUGGAGUCAAACCACUAGAGGCAAACAUACUUAUAUAAGUCGUAUAUAUAUACUUAUAUACAAGAUAUCAACUCUAUAUGCCAAAACUUAUUAAAUGUACAUUUUCCUGGAAAGAAGAACGCUUGAAAUUAUUUUAAUGGCGACUUAAACGCUAACGGUUUUUACAGCGAUCAUUCCUUUUCCACCUACAAAUAAAAAAAAAAACAAAUAUAUAUACAAACAAAAUACCAUGCAA